AUCAGAAGAAUAAUUUUAUAUCGUACUAGCUGACUCGGCAAACUUCGUCUCGCCCACAUUUAUUUUUCGUUAUCACAUCCACGUUUUCUUACUAAGCGCUGUUCAUGGGUCCUACCUUUUACUAUAAUACUCCUAAUAAUUCUACCAAAACUCGUCAUUAUAAUAUAAGAUUAUUUUCAGACACAAUUCUCGUUCAAGAUUUUUCAACCACUUGCAAAUAACAUGUUUCUACGUUACAUGGAAUGAAUGUUUGAUACAGAAAAUAUGAUAGAAUGAAGACAGCCCUAAUUUGGACAAUGCCUUUCUCUUAUCAACACAUUCGGCGAUCAAUUUUUAUUUGUAUGGAUAAAAGACGAUAUAGGAGGGCGUUUUAUCACAUUAGAAUCCACUUUCGAAUAAAGAUCAAUUUCGUUAGCCCAUGUAAUUGUAGAACAUAUGCGAAUUGGAUUUUCUGAAUUUUGUAUUACCCUCGUCAAAUUCGAAUCUUUCUCCCUCUGCCUUAACAACAAGCGGCCUUCGGUUCGAAAAGGCCUCGCGGCUGGCACUCAAAAUCCUAUCAAUAUGGGUUUUCCCAAAACCCCAUCAAUAUGGAUAUCAAAUGAAAGGGCUUAACUAGUCAAAUACAGUUAUUUAUGAAAAAUACAAACCCAAGAUGACGGCCGCUACAAAUGGCGGAUACAUAUUUUCUCAGAACCCCAUCAAUAUGGGUUUUCCUAAAACCCCGUCAAUAUGAGUGUUGCCGCCGCAAAAUACCCCUGGUAACCCGGACGAAUUAGGUAGCCCUGCACAACAAAGGCAGCCAACAGCUACAACGGUUUGACAUCUCGGCUUAUUGUUUUGGACGGCGGUGUUUACUACGGAUGCUUAGAAUAACCAUUGAAUGCGACAGAAAUUUAUAUUGGUUAGAAGAUACUGAAUUAAUCAGCGAAUAUUAAAAUAACCCAUUGAUAUAAGAAAUUUCAGCUUAGGCGAAUUGGACGAGCAGAGCGAAAUCUAUUGGAUAUAUUACGUUGUUAGUUGGACUUUAAGUAACUGGAAGGAAACUGAAUUGUAUGUAGAACAUAUUCUUUAUUCACCUAAAGGGUGUGUCACAUCAAAUUGCAUCACGGAAAAAACGCUGUAGAAAUUUAAUUUUUAGGAAUUAUAUCUUCAGCUUUCGCUUUAAAAUCAGAUAAGAGUGUAUAGAUCACGUUGGCCAUGCUUCUCUGUCAAUUUUUCGUAAAUUUGGAAAAAUGUCGUCGAACGAAAAAGAGCGUCGUGAAUUAAUCCUGUGCACUCAUUUCGAGAAUCCGGAGUUGUCACAUCGGGACAUCGGUAAGAUUCUGGGAAUCGUCCAAUCCACGGUCAGCAGAGUACUAAAACGAUACUUCGAGAACCUAACCAUCGACCGGAAGGUGAAGAACGGCAAAAAUGGAUGCUCCGUCAGUGAAAAAGAUCACAAGCGCGUAGUUAAGCAGUUUAGACGUGAUCCGAGAAGUUCGGUCCGGGAUGUCGCCAAUAAGCUGAAUUUGUCAAGUUCAUUCGUCCAGCGGACCAAUCAGCGGGAGGGCCUGCGUACAUACAAGGUUCAGAAGGCUCCUAACCGCGACGAAAGGCAAAACAUGGUGGGGAAGACGCGAACCCGGAAGCUGUACACCGAAAUGCUGACGAAGACGCAUUGCCUGGGAAUGGACGACGAAACCUACGUCAAAGCGGACUUUCGUCAGCUGCCGGGCCUGUUGUUCUUCUCCGCAGAGGACAAAUUCAGCGUUCCGGAGGAGAUUCGCAUACAGAAACUAUCCAAGUUUGCCAAAAAGUACAUGGUGUGGCAAGCGAUCUGCUCUUGCGGAAAGCGGAGCGCCCCCUUCGUGAUGAUCGGCACGGUAAACGGGCAGGUUUACCUUAAGGAGUGCCUACAGAAGCGCUCACUACCACUAUUGAAGCAGCACGAGGGCCCGACCAUCUUCUGGCCGGAUCUCGCUUCGUGCCACUAUUCAAAGGACGUGUUGGAGUGGUACGAAGCCAACGGGGUCACCUUCGUGCCAAAGGAAAUGAACCCGCCCAACGCGCCGGAGCUUCGCCCAAUAGAGAAAUAUUGGGCGAUUAUGAGGAGGCCCUCCGGAAGAACCCAAAAGUUGUCAAAUCGGAGGCGGACUUCAAGAGAAAAUGGAUUCCUAUUAAAAAAAAACUACAACCUGACGUUGUACAGAACCUUAUGGACGGGGUAAAGAGGAAGGUACGAGCAUACGGGCUUGGGCUCGAAGUAUGAAAAAUGGAAAAUGCCAAAAGUUGUUUAAUAGUUUUGGUUUUACUGUCUAAAAUUUUCAAAAGGAUCGGUCUACUGGGCGAAUUUCUACAGCGUUUUUUCCGUGAUGCAAUUUGAUGUGACACACCCUUUAGUUUCUGACGGAUGUUAAACUUUCAGCUUUGAAGCGCUUCAUUAAUAAAGCUAUCAAAAUCAGUUAUUUUUUUCCGUCCACUACAACAAUGAGUAUCGAAUGAAAGGACUUGACCAGUAGAACACAAUUAUUUAUGGAAAAUGUAAAUCAAAGAUGGCUACCUCUACAAAAUGGCGGAUUACAAAUUUUCUCAGAACCCCAUCAUUUGUAUAUCAAAUGAAAAAGGCUUGGCUAGUAGAACACAGUUAUUUAUGAUAAAUGUAAACCCAAAAUGGCCGCCACCUCAAGAUAAUGCCAUAUAUUUUUUCAAAACCUCAUCAAUAUGAGUAUCAAAAGAAAAUUCUCGACUAGUAGAACAUAGCAGAUAAUGGACCUGAUUCUCGAAUACACUUCACGAUGGAAACGAAAUGAAGUGUCUGUCUACGGUACGGUGUCGACAUCUGGAUACGAAAUUAUUUCCCCACUAAAACUCAUCAAAUUGUCUUUAGAUAAAGUUUUUGUAUGAGGUUAUUUUAUCACACAAAGAAAACAAUGUUUUCCAUUCACAAUGAACACUAAUUUGAAACGGAGAUGUUAAUUUUCAUUGAUCAUUUUUAUUUGAAAAGUGCACAUUCUGCUUGGAAACCCAUUAUUGUCUUUGACGCUUCACUAACUCGUAAAACGUAGUUCAAUGGCGUGCCGUUCAUUUAGUUUUCACCGUGAAGUGUAUUCGAGAAUCAAGCUCAAUGAAAUAUCCAAUUACAAGAUGGCCGCAGUCCCCAAACACUCAAUUACUUUAAAAAUGGUUUCAUUCAGCUUGACCUGUUUCUAUGUAUCUUUGAAUGUUUGUAGGGUUGUCCCACAUUAAUAGAAAAUUGACCCCGUUCCUGUUGAAUGAUUGAUCUGGAAUUAGGAACAUACAUUUAAUUCUCUACUGUCAUUAUAAAACUGCGUAUUCCAUGAUCUUAAAAGAUUCAAUUUGGCCGUCAUUAAAAAAUUGCUGAAUGGCUUGAUUUGGAGAAUACACUACACUAUGAACAAGAGAAAUUCGAAAAGGUCGUCGCCACAAAAUGCGGUUUAAAACGUUAUUUUUUACGUUUCCAGAUUUUUCAAACAUAGUAAAACUUAGAAAAUAUCAUAUUUGAGAGGUUCAUGCGAUAGCGCGAUGCCUGCAGAUUGUAUUCAUAUAAAUUCGAUAUGAAUCGGUUCAGUAGAACUUGAGAUAUCAUGUACGCCAGUUUGAAAAAACUAGUUUCUAGAAAAACGAGUUUGAAGUUCAUUGUUAUGGCCGUACCAGGUUAGAUACCACAUCAGUAAAAUUGCUAUAACUCGGUAAAUAAUAGAAUUUUCGAUAAGUCCUUUCUGAGGUAUAUCCUUGAAUGCCUGAACUACUGAAAUAUGAAGGAAAAAAAUACCUACCUACGACUUACCAUUUACCAUUUUCGAAUAAAAAAAUUUUAUUAAAAAAAUGGGCGAAAAUAUUUGGCCCGUUCCAUAUGCUAGUCUAGAUAAAUUUUCGGAAAACUAAGUAUGCCUAGUUGCGCAAUUAGGUAAGGUCUUCAGGCCCAGAAAGUUUCAUUAGGUUCUGAGAGGGUCGUGCCAACAUCUGGUCGAGUUGGCGCGAAAUCCGUCGCAAGACAAAACCCCCCUCCCCUCUUAUGUUACGUAACGCUAAUCUUCAUACAAAGUCAAAGUCGUUCGUUCAUCAUAAAACAAUUUGAUAUCUGCCCAGGUCUGAAGCAAUUGUUCUUACGGAAGUUCCUUAUAUGCAAGUAGUGACAUCGGAAGAACUUUUGACAAGUUCAUAGAAUUUUCAACAAGCAUAGAUGGAAAAUUAAUGCUGACAUCAGUUGGGAUUGGUGCUUUCAACCCAUCUGGCGUUAAACUGAGAGGAACAUGGAUUGAUAUAAAUUGAUGUUGAUUUACACUACUCCUUGGUUGAAUGCAGCAGUUCCUGUCGUUACAUUUCACUACUUGCGAAAAGGCCCUGGGAUGUCCUUACGUGACGAGCAAACCACACGGCGAGAAAAAAUUCGAGAUGACCAUUUUCAUUGGCUGCUGUACAUACAUGGCAAAUACUUGUGAUUUAGUUAGGAACGAAGAUUGAACUAAUUUGUUUUUGUCAUUAUGCGUAUAAAAAGGCAAGAAGUCACUAAACAUAUAAUCUUCCAUUUUCCAAAGUUCAAAUGCAAAAGAAUUCUAUUAUCUAUUAUCAAAUCUGCAUUGGUCACUGUUGAUAAUUGAAGGGUGACAAACAAAAUAGUGUUGUACCAAAUUCAAACCAAUCUGUCAAAUAUUUGACCUUCGGAAGAAAGUGCACGGCCACAUUAAAAACGAUUUAAAAUGAACGAUAUACGCAUAAUUUAGGAGCAAACUCAAUUUGUAUUUCACUUGUUUUUUUCACUUUAUUCUUCUAUUACAGUGCUUCAAUACUAGCUAUAUUUCAGUCAAUCGUAUAGGCCAAUCAUCUUCAGCACGAACUGAUUCGCGAUGAUUUUGGCUACUUGUUUGCAGGAAUCUGUUGACUUCACAUGUUCUCAAGCAUGAUUUUGCAGGAGUCUAAAAAACUCAAUUAAAAUUUACGAAAAUUACGGUUACGACUUGUUUUUGACUUCGAUUUAACUUUUUCUGGUUCUCAUAUGUCUUUCGGUUUAAUCUUACCUUGGUAGGAUGAAAGGUACUGAAAGACGAUCUCACCUAUUUGGUCACAUCCGUAACUGAGGUACUUUUCUUAUUCUUAAGCACGCAUUUCUAUCCGGUUCAAAGUUUGUUUUUCCACCGGACCCGGUUUCCGCCCUGGUAUCUUUCUGUCUUGGAAGCUGCAUUCUUCUCCAUACUUCUGAAUCGCAUUCCAAACCGCUCCAAUGCUUCGUCCAAAAGUAGCGAAAUGGUACUCUAUUUGUGUGCGAUCAAUUUGCGCUUUUGCGUUGCAAAACAUUUUCACGAACAAUAUGGAAAUUGGCGCUCACUGUACACAGAGUUUCAUGCUGAACCGUAAACAAUAAUAGACAGCGAGGAUCACCUCUUUAAACGUCAUAUGGGAUGAGCAAGGGCUUGUCAAAAUAGUACUUAAACUUAAUGAAACACCCUGUUAUAUUCAAUGUAUUGACUCCUCGUGUUAAAAUCCGAUUAAAAACCCUAUUCUUCGACCUGAGAUGUCCUUCGAUUUUUACCGAAAAUCACAAAACAUGAACUAUGAAACGAGAUUACCUCAAACUAACUGUGAUUAUUCCAAUACCAAUGGUUAAUCAUUCUCAAAUUGUUUUUUUAUGUCAAAAAU